AUGAAAUAAGUAUCACCAACUUAUGCUCAAUCUCCACCUUAUGGACUUUAUGGAAAAAUCUAAAAUAAUAUAGAAAAACUAACAGAAGAGCCAGCAAGCUAAUAAAAAAUUUCUGCCAUUAAAAGAGGUGGAAAUCUAAUACUUUCUAAAAAAUGCUUUAAGUAAAAUUUUAGUAUGCCAUGGGUUCAUCCUAAAAUAGAUCUUAGCUUUCCAGAUAUAAAAGUUUUGAAUAUUGAAAAAUAUGCAUAAAAACCUUAGUCUAAAUACUAAAAUACUAAGGAAAAUUUAUUUCCAAUUUAAAGGACUUAGAGCACUCAAGAAUUUUACGAUAAUAAUAAACAGAGUUAAAAUGUGAUAAAUAGAAAUCCCAAUUUUACUAAAUCUGAAAUAGAGGCAUCAUCAAGUUAUCAAAGCAGAUAAUAGGCUAGAGAAUACAAAAGCAGAUACGGUAAAAGUCAAUUAGACUUUAGUCAAAUGUUUUAUAAUACCUCAUCUAUGCCAGAAGUCGGAAAAAAUAAAAACAUGAGUAGCACUCUGCCAAGGAAUAAACAGAUUAUAAUGCAAUCUUUUAAAAAUCUUUAAAAUAAAACACAACUAGCUUCUCCAGAUAGAAUAGUUUCAUAGACUAAUGUUUAAAGUCAGGAUAACCUUAAUAAUUUGAUAGUUUCAUCAGAAAUAAGAUCAUCCAUGAUGAAAGCAUUUAUGCAGAGGAGAGCUCAGAAAAAUCUACAUAUAUAAAAAAACUAGUUGAAUUACCCAAUAUCACAAAACAAUCAGCAGGGAUCGAGGGUUUAAACCUAGGAAUUUGUGCCAUUCAAAUAACUUAAAGACCAAAUUAGAAGUUAGACAAUUAAGAUGGUUGCUAUUUCCCCUAAAAAUAUUCAAAUUUGA